CUGCUUUCAACGACAGAGUAAUUUAACUGGCAGAAUACUAGUGUUUACAUACAUGAAAUUUGACUUGCUGCAACCUCUGUACCCCGCCUUCCUUUCAUACGUGCAUGACCUCAACCUCAAACUCCUACUUGGUUUUCAUCUCUCUCGACCGGAUAUAUCAUCUACAAGUCCUCAUUCGCUAUGGCGUUCAAGUGUAAUACCGCAGCCGCCCUCUACAUCCUCCUUUCAUCAGUGAGAACAUCCACCCCAUGUAAUGACAGAGACAAUAUUAACAGCUUUUCCCGGUUAGACCUCAGUGAUUGCAUUGGUUUUCGGAGCG